UGGGUCAGUUUUCUUUAAGUGGAUCAGAGUCCAUCACAAGCCGAGACAGAGACGGCCAGUAGCUUGGCGCCAUCAUGAACUACAUCAUCCGUCCCUGGGCCAUCAAAGACCUCAAGGAGGUCAUGCGGUUGAUUCGGGAAUCUGCGGCUUUCCAUAAAGCUUUGGACCAGGUGAAGACCACCCCAGAAACUUUCAGAGACGAUGGCUUUGGGAAAGAGGCCACCUUUGGGUGCCUUGUCGCAGAGGUGCCCCCAGAAGAAAAGACCAAGGAAGGCCACAGUAUUAUUGGAUACCAAUUCCACUAUGUAUCCUAUUGCACCUGGGACGGCCCCGUUCUCUUUGGAGAAGAUCUCUAUGUCAUGCCAGAUUUCAGAGGCAAAGGCAUUGGUACAAAUUUGAUGAAAAAAGUAUCCCAGAUUGCCCUGGAGAAAGGCUGCUCCCAGUUCCGUUUCAUCUCAGAUAAGUGGAACCAGCCAGCAAUGAAUUUCUACACCAAGCUGGGCGCUGUGAAUGUCACAGACCUCAACCACUGGAUUGUGUGCCACAUCGACCAGCCAGAUAUAAAGAAACUGGCAGAGCAAGUGAGAGAAGAGCGGUCUGGCUAGACUUUGCCGCAUCUCCUUUGGUGCCCAGGAACCUGAUCCAAAACGUCUAGAUUUUAUGGUUUUGUGAGAAGCUUUACAAAAUCCAAAAUACUCCAAAACCCAACACUGUCUCCAUGGGUGGCUGAGACAGUGACACCUUUGCUUUUGGAUGGCUCAGUGUACACAAACUUUAUUUCAUGCACAAA